UUCAGAGUCAGACCGCGACCAGACCAGCAGAGAGAACUCCAACAGGGGCGACUAUGUGCUCUGCGCUGCUCAGCUCAGCACUACGAAAUGCCUUGGACGCUUUAGUGCUCAUCUCCGCUGAGCUGUCAGGGCAACCAGGUUGUUAAACCAGGAUUAAAACAUGUUCAACAAAAAAGGCCCCAGCCUAGGUUCAAGACUCAGAGGGCUAAUAUGGGGUUUGUGCAUUCUCCUACUUUACACCAGCCCACUCUACUGUUUUGCUAAUUUCAGCCAAGCGAAAGGACUCGUCUAUAAGAUUAAAGAAGGAUUACCCGCUGGCGUGUUGAUAGGGGCAGUGGGUUCUGACCUACACUUGGAUUUCUCCCUUGAUCCCCCUCUAUUGUUCAACCUGCCCCAGAAGAAGCCCGGGGACCAGUUCGUCAGUCUGAACAGCUCAACCGGGGAGCUGUUUACAUCGGGGACCGAGAUUGACAGGGAGACGCUCUGUCCCGACACAUCGGACCUCGGCCAGGGCUGCAUCCUCUCUCUGGACAUAUUCGUUCUACCCCAGCAGUAUUUCCAGCUGGUUAAGGUCAAAAUCCUGAUAGAGGAUGUUAACGAUAACCACCCGCGGUUCCCGACCAAUGAGAUCAGAGUGUCGGUUCCCGAGAAUGCGCAGGUCAACGCCCGGUUCGUGGUGGAGCAGUCUGCGACGGACCCCGACCUGGGGUUCAACGGGGUACAGACCUACUGGCUGGUCAACGACUUUGGGGUGUUCACCCUGGACGUGGAGGAGAACGAGGGGGGCGAGCUGACGCCGUUCCUCAUCGUGACGGACGAGCUGGACCGCGAGCACCAGCAAGAGUACGUGACGGACAUAAUCGCCGAGGACGGUGGGAAUCCCCCCCUCCUGGGCACGGCCACGCUGAGGAUUAUCAUCACGGACGUCAACGACAACUGUCCCCAGUUCACAGAGUCGCAGGUCAACGUCACACUGUACGGGAACACGUCUAAGGGAGCUCAGCUGGCACGUCUGCGCGCCUUCGACCCCGACCACGGCGCCAACGCCGCCAUCAGCUACGCGUACAGCGAGCGCGUUCCCCGGGAGACCGGUGCCCUGUUCCACCUGGACCAUGCCACCGGGGCGAUCAAACUGGCCGGCAAGGUCGACGCCAGCACCGGGCGGCUCUACAAGCUCACCGUCCUGGCCAAAGGCCCCGGGUGCAUUCCUGCCGUCGCCGCGGUUACCGUGCACGUGAUCCGAGCGGGUUCUGGCCCGCCCGUCAUCUUGCCACGCUACAUCGCACCGGAGAAGGACGGCGUGGUGACUGUGAAGGAGUCCGAGCUGCCGUUUUCUCCGAUCGCGUUUUUCACAGUUAAGAACACGGACCAGAGAGGACUAAAGACGGAAUGUGUUCUGGAAGGGUCGGGUCCAUUCAGGCUGUCACCUUACAAACUGUUUAAGAACGAGUUUCUGCUGGAGACCACAGAGCCGCUGGACUAUGAACAGAGACGGGACUACGAGCUGACCGUGGUGGCCCGCAGCCCCAAAGGCCUCUUCAUCAAGACCUUCAUUAAAAUCCUGGUGCUGGAUGAGAACGACAACGCACCCAUCUUCAAACUGUCUCUGCAUGAGUUGUCUGUGGAGGAGAACAACCCACCCAACACCUUCCUGACCCAGCUGCAGGCAACGGACAAGGACAGCGAGAGUAGAGGGGAGGUGAUCUACCUGUUGGGCUCAGACGCCCCGUCCAUCUUCCUCCUGGACAGGAUGACCGGCGUCCUCACAGUGUCCGUGUCUCUGGACCGCGAGGAGAAGGAAACCUACAGGUUCAUGGUGAGGGCGGUGGAUCGAGGCUCGCCCAGCAAAGAGUCUAUAGCCACGGUGGUGGUCACUGUGCUUGACCGCAAUGACAACAGCCCGCGCUUCAUCAACAAGGACUUCACCUUCUUCGUCCCGGAGAACUUUCCCGGGUUCGGGGAGAUCGGCAUCCUCUCCGUGGCGGACGCGGACGCGGGCGAGAACGGCUGGGUGGCGCUCUCCAUCAUCAACGGCAGUGACGUGUUCGUGAUCGACACGGGGCGCGGCGCCCUGCGAGCCCGGACGCCCCUGGACCGCGAGCAGCAAGGCACGUAUCACCUCUGGAUCGAGGCUGUCGACGGGGGGGAGCCUGCCCUCUCCUGCGUCACCAUGGUUACGGUCCUCCUCCUGGACGUGAACGACAACCCCCCGGUCGUUUUGUUUCCCCAGUCCAAUCAGUCCUACAUGCUGGUGUUGCCCAGCACGCUCCCAGGGACCUCCAUCACUGAGGUGUACGCCGUGGAUAAAGACACUGGGAUGAACGCCGUCAUCGCCUACAGCAUCAUCCGGAGGAAAGGAGGCGAGCCGGGAUCGUUCGACAUCGACCCCAACACGGGCAACAUCACGCUGAAGAGGGAACUCAGCGACCGAGGCCUGUACAGUCUACUGGUUAAAGUGUCCGAUCACGGUCAUCCAGAGCCACUGCACUCCACGGUCCUGGUCAACCUCUUCGUCAACGAAACGGUCAGCAACGAAAGCUACAUACAGAGCCUCCUCACCAGCGAGGCGGAGAUAGAGAUUGGCGAGGAGAAGCCGUGGUAUGUGGGGAAGCUGACGGAGAGGCCUGGGCCGGAGGGGAUGUUGCCCUGUCGGGUGGUUCUCAUAGGUCUCUCCGUCACCUGCCUGGGACUGCUCUUCUUGGUCAUCACGUUGACUGCCUGUAUAUGCUGCAGGAAACUGAAGAAGCAUAAAAUGAAAAGGCUUGAGGUUGAGAUUCCUCUGAAGAUGAACGGGGACUUGCAUGCGGUGGACAGGAAGCUGAUGCAGAUUUCCAACAUAUGACCAGGCUGAAAGAGCUCAAAUGCAAAAACUCUACAUCAAAACUGUUUACAGCAACUGUUUACAAUACACAGUGAAGUGUAAAAUAUACAGUUUGUGCCCCAAAUGGCAUCCUAUUCCCUAUACAGUGCUCUACCUUUGACCCUAGGCUAUAGGAUCAUGAUUGUUAGUCUUGUAUUUAGGGAAUAGAGUACGAUUUGGGACAGACACAGUUUCCAAAAUCUAGACAUGUUCUGUAUAUAUUGUAUAUAACAUGAAAUGUUUUAUAACUUUAUAACAAGGGGCCUGAAGAGGAAAUGAAUGAAACCAAGGCCUAGGAAAUUACUCCCAAAAUGCAAAAACAUUGUUUUUAUGAAUAUGAGAAUUAAAUAAGUGAGUUCAUGGAGAAUAUUUUCAUUCACAAGAAAAUCUGGAUAAGUUGGAAGUUUGAGGAUUAUACACAUAUCAAUGUUUAUUAGUUGAUUUAUUGAUUGAUUGAUUAACAAUGUCACUGUACAGUACUGUCCAACCUUUGGUUUGCUUUGAGCAAGCUGAUGUUGUCUAGUGUAAACCAAGUGACACAAAUCAAAUACAUAGUUACACUAUUUAAAAAAGAAUCUCCCUGUACUGUAAAAUAUACACAGAAUCACACACAUAUACUCUUUCUCAGGUGUAAGAGAGCUUCAGACCAACAUUUAUUUCACUUCACUACAGAAGUUAAACACUUAAAUGCCAUCCCGCUUUCCAAAUAAUUCAAGUCCAUAUUUUUCCUCAGUCCGCUUGAUUUUGUUUGACAAUUUGGGAUGCGGUCAUGCAAUUUAAAGGUGGCUUCUCCACCCCUGACGACAUUCCCUUGACCGCCUCCUUGCCUGAGCCCUAAAUUGGCAACCUGUCCCCUAUUCUGAAUAGGGUGCAGUUUGGAAUGCGGCCUCACCUCGAAUUGAACUCCUCAACAUGUGAAGAGCUUUGUCCAGUACCAUUGCUGUCUGUCUGUGCAAAAACAACCUUGAGUGAAUAUUAAAAGUUCUCUAUUUUCAUAUUA